CAGACACGUGUGACGUCACGAUGUACUUUUUAUAAGUCGUGUUCUGUGCUGUAUACUCUAGUCGGGCUGAUUCGCAGGAGCAACACACACACACACAAGACAAUACCUAACCUACUGGAGGAAAACAGACCCCAGAAACAAGAAGAACAAAACACCGAGUAACCAUGAGUACGUUCACAGAUUACGACGAGGUGUCAAAGGGAUACGACAUCUGCAGACGAGCCACCAACAUGGACCUCCUUGUUGGCAUGGUGACGCAUCUAACGAGAAAACCUUUGAAAGAGCUGUCUGUGCUAGACGCUGGGUGUGGCACAGGGAACUACGCCCUGGGGCUGCUCGAUGCCGGUGUCGGUCACGUGACGAUGAUGGACGGCUCGGAUGGCAUGCUUAGAGCAGCUCGCAAGAAGACGGUCAACUACCAAAACAACACCGACUAUCGGCUAGGGAAAUUGCCGCAACUGCCUUUUCCAGACAACAGCUUCGACGUCAUCAUGUUCAACCAGGUACAACACUGGGCACUGAGUAUCAUGGUGGGGUGGGUGGGGAUGGAGGAAAGUUAAAAAGUGUGUUUUAUAUAACGACACCACUAGAGUAUAUAUGAUUAUGUAAUCAUCGGCUAUUGGAUGUCAAGCAUUUGGUAUUUGUUAUGUAUUGUCUUAGAUGGGAAACGCGAGCGCAAAAAGAAAAAAAAUCCAUAAAUGAGCAAGGGAUCUUUUAUA